GGUCGCAGGGGCUUGGGGUCCAUUUUCGUCUGGGCGUCGGGGAACGGUGGCAGAGAGGGUGAUUACUGCUCCUGUGAUGGCUACACCAACAGCAUCUACACCAUCUCCAUCAGCAGCACCACCGAGAAUGGCUACAAGCCCUGGUACCUGGAGGAGUGUGCCUCCACCCUGGCCACCACCUACAGCAGUGGGGCUUUCUACGAGAGGAAGAUUGUCACCACGGACCUCCGGCACAGCUGCACCGACGGCCACACCGGCACCUCCGUGUCCGCCCCCAUGGUCGCGGGCAUCCUCGCCCUGGCGUUGGAGGCCAACCCCCAGCUCACCUGGAGGGACGUCCAGCAUCUGCUGGUCAAAACCUCACGGCCAGUGCAUCUACGAGCAUCCGACUGGAAGACCAAUGGCGCAGGGCAUAAAGUUAGCCAUCUAUAUGGCUUCGGCCUGGUGGAUGCCGAUGCUAUUGUGACGGAAGCCAAGAAGUGGAAGACGGUCCCUCCCCAGCACGUCUGCGUGGGAAGCCUGGACAGGGUGCCCAA